AUGGAAUUCUCCUCCGAGCUUUCAUCAACAGUGUUUUGGCGCCUGAAAUCUACAUUGAUGGAUGUUGUUUGGGGUACGCUGUUCUCUUCGCAUUUUCCCAAAUUUUUCCGACAAAUAGUGGAGGUGGUGGAAAAGCCAGGAGCAGCAAUGAGACGACACGUUGUUAUGGGUGAUAUUGCAAUUCCGGUUGGUGUAUCUACAACGCACGUAGUUGAAUUUAGCAAAUCUGAUCCCACCGUGUUCUCGUUGGCGGAG